UACGGUGAGAACAGUUGCAGUGUAAUAACGUUCGUUGUGAUGCUGUAGAAAUGUUAACACUCUGUUAGUAUGUUCGCGUAAUGUUUUAUGUUAAGUUGUAUAAAUUAUAGUGAUUUAAAAAAAAGGUUUAUUGGAAUUGUAAGUGAGGUGGAAUAGAUGAUCGAGUUUUUAUCAUAUUUCGAUCUUGGACAUAAAGGAGCCUGAGCAAGAUUAUUUAAAAGCAGAGUACUCGGAGGAUAUCUUCAUGGACGAAAGUGACAAAUAAGGUGUCCACUUAUGCUGAGUUUUAAAACAAAUUGUUCAGAUCUUCAGAGGUCCACAGAGUCUGCAAAAUAUAAUGGCAGAAGAAAAAAAAAAGGACUCAAGUGCAUUAUUGGCUAAGAAGAAAAAAGUCAAACCAAGAAAAUCGAGAGACGCAGACUGUUGUAGCGUCAACUUCCUAAAGUGUGUUCUGCAUAUAUUCAAUGUUAUAUUUUUGUUUGCAGGAGCCGGCGUUUUGCUAGUUGGCGCUUGGACAGUUACGUCUAGACAUAGAUUCGUCUCCCUCCUGCCGACGCCCACUUACCCCGCGAUUGCAUACCUCCUUAUAAUCGCCGGUGCUUUAGGAGUACCGCUUUGCGCCCUCGGCUGCUGCGGUCUUAAGACUGAAAACAGAACCAGUUUAUUGUGUUAUACAUAUUUCCUGCUGAUCACGUUCAUCCUGGAGGCGGGUGCGGGCGGCCUCGCGUACUACUACGAGGUGGCCGUCGAGGACGAACUGCGGGCGGAGCUCAACACCACCUUCAUAACCAACUACGCGCUGGAUACCAUCGUCACUAACGCUGUCGACAGCAUGCAGACUGAGUUCAAGUGCUGCGGCGCGCUGCGCUACUCGGACUGGCGGCGCAGCGCGUGGCACGAGCACGACCCGCGCCUGCUCGUGCCCGACUCGUGCUGCCGCAGCGUGCGCGCGCGCUGCGGCGCCCGCGACCACCCCUCCAACAUCUACUACGACGGAUGUAUGCUUCAAUUUACGAACCACAUACGAGACAACCUUAUUAUACUAGCAGCAGUAGGCGUUGGGAUGUCUGUCAUACCUAUAUUCGGGUUUUUCUUCUCGUGCGUGCUGUAUGUGAAGAUAAAACACGUGAUCGACUGACCCCGGCCUAACCCUGCGCCUCCUAAUAAGUGCAAGGUUAUCGACAAGUCGGCUUCUGUUGGUGACUUAACCAAAGCACCAAUGGCGAGGCAACCGCAGAGACCCCCAAAGAUCGCUAAACGAACUCAAGUUAAGAGAACUAUUAAACGUGCGCCUUGUCCAUUGCAUUCUAAACCCGACAAGGAAGAAAAAAUUCCAAUAUCAACGAUCAGCGACAAUGUCAGCAUUUAAGCUGAAAGUCUGUUAUAAUUUAAUUUAAAAUUAUUUAAUUUGAACACAUAUUUUAAUAUGAAUAAGUAGUAACAUAUUUUAAUAUAAUUUGCACAUAAUCAAAUUAUUAUUGUAAAGUUUUGUUUUGUUAAUUAUAUUAGAUAGACAUUGUGGAAAAAAAUGUUUAUAUAUUUUCAAUUAAGGCUGCGUUACUUACUUAUAUAUAUAUAUUAUAUAUAUAUCUAUUAUUUUUAUGUUGAUAAUAAAGAAAUCUCUUAGAAAUCUAAAACACUAAAUAAGAUGAAAAAUUUACAGAAAAUUAUGAAAAAUCUGUAGAAUCUCCAAUAUGUAGAUAAACCUUGUAUGUGUGUUCAUCAGUGCUACACUGUCAUAGAAUUUAAAAAAAUGUUCGUAUCUAGUUAGUAGUUUUAGACACCAAGACCGAAUUUAUAUUAUUGUGUUAAGCGUGCAAUUUGUAAUGUUAUUUUAAACGUGAUAUAAAUUAUUAUAAUAAUAAA